UCCGAGAGGAGGUCUGUGAUUGGCUACAGAUGUAAAUGUAGCAACUUGAGCAGGACCUGUGGGAGGACAAAGACACCUUGAUGAAUCCGUUUGCCACAUUUUGUCUUCAGAAAUAUUACAGUCGACUAUCAUAGUAGCCACUUUCAGUGGGGUAUGUGACUCUCAAAUAGAACAUUUUCGUUGAAGACAUCCCAGUACCACGGGACAGCCACCCAAUCAAAGCCUGGUUGACAGCAGGACGGUUCACAACGGUCCACAGUUCAAAUUUGCCGCUGGAGAAAAUAAUUUUGUGCUCACAAGCAGCUGAGCCAUGGACUGAGCAACAUCGUGUCCCCGCAACAAGCACCAAACUAACCAGCAACCAAUCCACCAAGACGGCGGCAGGAAUGGCACAGCCUCUGUACGACUGUAAAUAUUCCUUGUAAACUCGCAGAGACCUGUGCGCCCGAGUUUUCCUGUCGAGCCGGUCCGGGGAAGCCUGUGUUUGGGGUUGUGUUGGUGUAUAUCCGUCCGAUGAUACAGACGUGAACUGAACAACGCACGAAGGAUGGAGAGACGGAACAAACUUACACGGUCACCCUCCAUGAAGAGGAGGAGCAAGCCCACACCUCUCUCUGACAGGGUAACUCUGGAGAGAGUACUGGGGCUGACGCUCACCAAUAACUGUGGUCUGGCCAGCAGUCCUGUCACUGGAGUUAUUGCCUAUCCCGCUGGAUGUGUGGUGGUGCUAUUCAACACUAAGAAGAACAAGCAAAGUCAUAUCUUUAAUACUUCAAGAAAAACAAUAUCAGCAUUAGCGUUCUCCAAAGAUGGGAAAUAUGUGGUCACAGGAGAGAGUGGGCACCAGCCAGGGGUGCGUGUGUGGGAUGUUGAGGAGAAGACACAAGUUGCAGAGUUCCAGGGACACAAGUUUGGAGUGAUAUGUCACUCUUUUGUUUGCAGCCCUCUCCUCCAACAUGAAGUAUGUGUUUCUGUAGGCUACCAACACGACAUGCUGGUGAAUGUGUGGAACUGGAGAACAAGCACAUUGGUGGCUUCAAAUAAAGUUUCAUCAAAGGUUAAGGCCAUGUCAUUCUCGGAGGACAGCAGCUAUUUUGUCACCGUUGGUAACAGACAUGUCAAGUUCUGGUAUCUGGACGAAUCAAAAGCUUCAAAGAAUUUAGGAACAGUGCCACUGCUUGGUCGAUCAGGCAUCCUGGGAGAGCAGAGGAACAAUUUCUUCUGUGAUGUUGCCUGUGGUCGGGGCAUGAUGAAGGAGAGUACCUACUGUAUCACUAGGUCAGGUCUGCUCUGUGAGUUCAACGAGAGACGCCUUCUGGACAAGUGGGUAGAACUCAGGACGACUUGUGCCAACUGUAUCUCUGUAUCAGAGAACCACAUAGCCUGUGGGUGUGCUGAUGGGGUGGUACGGCUGUUUGACCCCAAAACACUGCACUACAUCUGCACCCUUCCCAAACCCCACUACCUGGGGCUGGAUGUUGCUGCUAGUAUUGACCCAAGUCAAUUCAUCACAAAGAAUGACAAUGCAAAGUACCCAAGCACAAUUGCUGUCAAGUAUGAUGAACAAAAUAACAAGGUGACUUGUGUGUAUGAUGACCACAGCCUGUAUGUGUGGGAUGUGAAGGAUGAGAAGAAGAUUGGCAAGGCCUGGUCCUUCCUGUACCACAGCUCCUGUGUGUGGGGAGUAGAGACAUAUCCAAAUGUCCCAGAAGGGUUCAAGGCAGCCCUUCCAGCUGGUUCCUUCAUCACCUGUGGUUCAGAUGACACCAUUCGGAUCUGGAACCUGGACUCUACACUCCACACAGACACUGUUCUCAAGAGGAACAUUUACAGUAAUGAGCUGUUGAAAGUUAUUUAUACAGAUGAAAGUUACCAGAAUAUCCGAGAUGUGGAUUACAACCCAGCUGGGAGCAAUGACAAGACAGAUGACAGCUAUGGAGGGAAGAAUGGUGUGCGAUGUGUGAAGGUGAGUCCUGAUGGGCAGCACCUAGCAUCAGGAGAUCGCUGUGGGAACAUCCGUGUCCACGAGCUUCAGUUCAUGGACCAGCUGAAGUACCUGGAGGCACACGACGGAGAGGUCCUGUGUCUGGAGUACGCCAACCCAGAUCAGACAGGUCUGAACCUGCUUGCCUCCUCCAGCCGUGACAGACUCAUUCACAUCUUCCAAGCUGACAGGAAUUAUUCACUGCUGCAGACGCUGGACGAUCACUCGGCAGCCAUCACAGCAGUCAAAUUUACAGAUCACAAUGGCCAGCUGCAGAUGCUAAGUUGCGGUGCUGACAAGGCUCUCAUGUUUCGCUCACUACAACAGGGCCCAACUAAUACCAACACUGACAUGCAGUUCAUCAGGAACCACUACAUUCUGGGCAAGUGCACAUUCUAUGAUAUGGAUGUGGACAUCACCAAGAAGUAUGUGGCCACUGCUUGCCAGGAUAGAAAUGUCAGAAUUUUCAAUACCAACAGCGGAAAGCUAAAGAAGGGUUACAAAGGCUCAUUAGGAGAUGAUGGCACUUUGAUUAAGGUGCAACUGGACCCAUCGGGAAUGUAUGCAGUGACCAGCUGUUCUGACAAAAACCUGAGUAUCUAUGACUUCUACUCAGGAGAAUGUGUGGCCACCAUGUUUGGACACUCAGAGCUGGUAACAGGUGUCAAGUUUACACCUGGUCUGAAGAGAUUGAUAUCCACAUCAGGAGAUGGCUGCAUCUUUGUGUGGAAGCUGUCCCCAGUCUUCACACAGACCAUGAAGGAUCGCCUGGCAGAGUUGGGACAGCAGCUGCCAACAGAUGUUCCCAAGAUUAAUAUCAGAAGAGACACCUUUGCAGUGACAGACAGCCCAUGCAGAAGAGAGACAUAUGCAGUACUUCCAAACAAUGGUCCAUCUUCAGUACCAACAACUGCCAAUGGACACCCUAGUCCUCCUGACCUUGACAUCACGGCCCCCCUCCUUCAGCAUGACCUUGGGCUGACGGAGUCAGAUUUCGCUCCUGCCCGACCGUCACUCUUUCAGAAGUCACCAGAGCCCCAUCUAAAACCAGAGGCAGCAAAUGUUGGCCCAGAGUUUGACUACCGCUUUAGUGUGCUUCCAUCUUGGGCAAAAAAACAGGGGGUGGAAGAAGAAGUGAGUAAGAGUGCAUCAGACACCUACAGCAGCCCCUCCCAGCCUCGGGGCCGCUGGGCACAGCGUGUGGAUGAUGGAGGCAUCAGGGUCAAGUCGCAGUUGGAUGCAGAGGCCUCCAUCUCUCUCUCUUUGACUGAUGCGCUUGAGCGGCGGCGCCUGACUGUGGAGCCUGACUCCAUGCGGGACACCCUUAAGGGGAUGGCUGCUGAAAGAGGAACUACAGGUGACUUGCUUGAAUCUGUCCAAGAAGGGUUGUCGUUUUCAUUGGGAAUGAGUCUUGACCAGUUUGAGAAGGAGUUACAGAGCAAGACUCCAGCAAAGCAGCUGCUGAGUCAGGUUGGUGCCAACAGGAACAGUGAGCCAUUUGAGAGACCCACCCGUCUGACCUUGAACUUUGACCGGCAGACAAGCACAGAAGUUGGGUUACACAUUGAAGACAUAGAGGGAGAUGCAGAGGCUGGAGAUGAUACAGGGAACAUUAUCUACCCUGCCCCCUCACAGGACCUCAUCAUUACUCCUGAUAGUCCCUUUCUGGUAAAGGAAUACUUCCCCAUGGGCAUGAAGAAGAAGAAACUUGGUGCUGAAACCCCAAGGAAGGAGCCAGAAGACACUGGAGCUGACACAGGGGAAUCCCAGGAGGAAGGUGACGGUACCAAACCUCUCUCCAAAAACAAACUAGCCAGACAUUCAGGCUCAAAUGAUCCAGAUAGUCUAGAGGAGGAUGGAGAAGGGGAUGAUGAAGAAGAAGAAGAGGAGGAGGAGGAUGGUGGUGGUGAUAGUCUGGAGAACUCGGAGGCUGAGGAGGACAGAAUCAGCAGAUCACUCACCCCAUCCAGCUCCUCCGAGAAGCCUGACUCAGAGACAAGUCCACAAACACCAGAGAAAGAGAGGUUCCUCAAACAUAACUAUGAGAACUUGGAAGUGUCUGCAGCUUUGGGGAAUGAGACCUUUGGAAGGAGUUUGGAUGAGCUGAAGCCAGCAGCUGAGGCUGACCAUUUUCUAAAUCCUAGGCUGAGUAUUUCUGCCCGUUUCCUGUCACGGUCCCAACAAGGCGUGAGCCUGAAAAGAUUCCUUCCCAUGGCUUCUGUUACUGAGAGUGGAAAAGAGGUUCAUCCAGUGGUCAAGACAACUACAGCAAAUGAUGAGAACCUGCAGAAAAAGAAGGAGGAAAUGGCAAUGGCUGUAGAUCAGACCAGGAAGAGACUAGAAGCUAUGGGUUACAAGUUGGAACGAGCUUCCUCAACAGAGAGCAUCAAUUCUGAACCAACCCGCGACCUGACAAUCCCAGUGAAGGACAGUCAGCCCAAACCAGUUACACUUGAGAGCCACUCCUACAGUGAGAGCUCAGGGUCUGUGUCCACCAGUAGGAGCACCACACCUUCCAGUACUGCUUCUGGUGCCGGCACAGUUUUCGCUUUUACAGCAUCCAAAGCUAGCAGUGGAGUGGAUGUGCCUCUGGACAUCCCUGAGAAAUUGCCCAGUUCUCCUUCUUCCCCUCCAACUCCAUCUGCAGACAAGGAGAACCAGGUCUUUCCAGAUACCAAGGGUGGGGCCAAGUCUGUUGCUAAGGCAACCAAACAGAAGCCAGUGACCAAGAGCAUGUCCAUGUCAGAUCUGGCACAAAAAAGUAAAAGUGACACCAAAGUGGAAGCAUGUAAUUCACCGGGCACCCACAGCAUGACCUUGCGUGCUAGGGUGAGCCAGUCCCAACCUGGAUCACCCUCCAAACCUCGUACCCUUCCCCUCCCCCCAGCCAAAUCUGAACCAAACUUGGCAGAUGCCAAAGAUAUUAAAAAGUCUACAAAGGAGAGGCGUAGAUCUUCCCUUACAAAGGAUAAGGUCAGUAGAAGGUCUUCUGGGUCGGCAGUAGCAGCUAAAGCUCGAGGGAGGUCACGGCGAUCAGAGCCACUGUCUUCUGCCAUCUCAAAUCCCAACCUGGCCACAGAACAGGGAACAGAUAAAGUGGUCAAACCUGUGAGAGGUAGUGUUGUCAGGAGAAACUCUGUGGGUAGUUGUGUGAGCAGAAAAACAAGUGACUGACCCCAGACAGAAGUCAUCUUUGAAGGAAAAAGCAGCAAAGAGGAAAGUUAUGAGCGGUGCAGUGUCGCCUCCAGUCAACAAGAUGGCAGCCCAGCCACCUAAGACCAAGCAGUCAGAGCUGGUGGCUGGGACAACUCCAGGGCCAUCACAAAGACCUCCUAUUGAAACAUUGCAGCCAGUUUCUUGUGACCAAGGACCAACUCUAGCGGUAUCAUCAGACAUAGACGAGAUUCCAGAGAGGGAUACCAGCCAUCCUCGUACAUCUCAUUCUGACAGUGAAGUCUUAGAGACUUAUGAUGUCCAUGCCUCUGAGGGCCCAGAGUGGCUAGAGGCAUGGAAGAAGUGUAAGAAAGCAGACACGCCAACACAGCCUUUGGCUCUGGAUACACAGCCCCCUGUGGUUGCUAGUUGUAUAACUCUGACCAGCCCAUCAAGAACCUCGAAACCCAGUCCCCCCAUGCCGCUGGACAUCACAGACAUCAUUCAGAUCAACUUACCCCCAGCUGGCAGGGAGCAGGAUGGACCUGUGGCACUGCAAGGGAUUGGUCCUGCUGUAAAGAAAGAUGAAGGCCAAGGAGAUGGCAAUGAUGUGCAUGUACAGGAGCUGCCGGCCAGACAGCAAGAACCCACUGUUGCAGUUAGUAAAGCAGCACCACAGACAAAAGUUCAGGGACAUGCAUUCCUCCCUGUUAAACAUUCAGCUAAUGCUGCCACAGAGGUUCCACAGCAGGGAGUGAUGGAGCAGACAGAGCAACCAGAGAAAGAUUCUCCUGUUUCCGUGGAAAUGUGUUCCCAAGUUGUGGAGGAUCUCCGCAGAACAUUCCAAAAAGCAGCUAGUCUUCAUGCUAGGGCUCUGCAAAGUGAGGUCCAACACAAAGAUGAGGUCCUGUCCAUGCUGUCAGCCACCUUCUCUUCCAUACAGAGCCAAGUUACUGCAAUGAAUAAACAGAGUGCUUCCACAAGUAGCCACUCCUUCUCACCAGAAUCUGUCCAGUCCCUGUCUCACAGUAUUGCACGGACCCGCCACGGCUCUGCCCCUGAUCUGCUGGAGGAAGAUGAUACAGACACGUCCUGUGCUCUGUCCCUCUUGGAGAGAUACUCAGAAAUGAUGGUUAGCAUGGUGCAGCAGAAGUUGACCCAAAAUGGUGUACAGCUUUCACAGCAUACAACCAAGCCCAGUGGGACCUGAAUUUGAAAUUUGUCAAAAACCGCAGUUUACAUGGCAUGCUCACAAAAAAAAUUGAAACACUUUUUAAAAAAGUCUGUGUGGCACAUUAGUAGGUAGUGAAAAAAUGCUUCUCACUAAUCAAGUAAAAAGUGAUAUGAAGCUUUCUUGUAGCACACCAAGAAAGGAGAAUGAAUUCUCAUUCAGUACAAAUUACAAAACAUUGCAUAGUUUAAAUGAAGCAGUGGGUUUUGAAAUGCUGCAAUGAGACAAGGUCACAAGGAGCAAUAAUUAUCUUCUUUAAAGAAAGGAUAGGAAUACACAAUUUUGAAAUUCUGAUAGGAAUACAUACUUUGAAACUGUCUAAUAAAGUUAUGAUUAGCUUUCAGUCAGUCAAUGCUGAAUUAGAUGAAUACUGCACAAACACACUGUUGUUCAUUUAGUUGCUACAAUAGGAGAUGUUUACAUUGUGCAAAAUAAGAUAGCUUUUCAGAUAUUUGGUGCUGUAAUGUAUGGCAUUCGCUAUAAAUUCUCUAUGUCAGUGUUCUAAAAAUCUAGUCAUAAAAUGUUGAUGAUAGAUUCUUUAGAAUUGUGACAUGAGAAGGAGAGAGCCACUGACUUAAGUUUCAUUUCCCCUCUGUCUCCCACCUGACCCACCAGCUGUUAGCCAAUCAGAUGCCUUGUACUUGCCUGGUACAUGUAGUUGUUCCUAGCCUAGGAGGUCACAAAAGAUGCAGAGUUGUCACCAACCAAGAACAUUGUCUCCUGGCUGUAAAUGGUAGUCUGAUUGACCAAUAACUUCCUAGCACCCUGUGUGACCUUAUACCUAGGAUCAGCAGCCAAGAGCUAACUGUCCCAUAAGAAAGAAUUGUCUGUCUGUUUGCUGGGGUAUGCUGCUAAUGUAUGGUCUCAGUGACAGGCUAGGUGGGAAGGGAUGCAUUCCCCAGGCAGGUCAGGGUUGACCACUGUUUUUGACACCCAAACUAUAUAAGUUAGGAUUGUUGCUGCAUCCAAUCAACAUCCUUGGUCACUACAUGAUUGACAUAUAUUACCAGUACAUUUACCAAAUACACACCUGGAGUAAAUAGAUGAACUUAGGUGAGCAAUUCCUUCCUUGGAAUAGUUUGCACUGAAAAGAUUAAACAUUUUAAUACAAAUGUAGUUGGAGCCAGUAGACACGUAGUGACGUAGUGACAAAAGAAGAAAGUGCCUUAUUCUUAGGAGAGCCUAUGGCUUCAGCGGUUCUGCCCAGGCAGUAAUCCAUUUCAUUUGGCAUGCUUCAAGUGCAGAUAACUAAUAUGUAAAUACAGAGCUGCAUGAUGUACCUGUCAGUAGGAGUUAAAAUAUUCGGUACCAACUGCUUUGUGACUUCUCAAGUUCCAAGCUAGUCAACCUCAUAUCAGCACAAGGCUGUCCUGUUGGCUUUGUUUUCCAAAACUUGAAUCAGUUUCCAAAUGUUCAAAUCAAGAAGAGAAUGUUGAAAAUGUCUUUUAAAUUGAUAGCAUUAUACUAGUAGUUAAACACCUUUCAGCCAGCAGCAGCCAACCACUGUCAAAAGAGCUACUGUUGAUGAUGCUAACGUAUGUCCAAGAACUAAAUAGAAACAACUAGUAAAUGAUUCACAUGUGUAUGAGAAGUUGCCAAACAACCAUAUAACACUCAAGAUAUGCUGUAGGUACAUGUAACUGCACUGAAAAUAAUACUGUCAACUGGAACAUAAUCAAAUUAUAGAAAGUCAAUCCAUACAUUGUAAAUGCACAUGCUUAGAGUAUGAACUGAUGCUGUACAUAAUAUAGCCCUAUUAUUACGACUUCCAUAUGUGGAAGUUGUUAACAUGUACAGUAGCUAUAGUAGCUAGUACAAUGUAAAUGCUACAGAUAACCCAAUAUGUGGUCAAUGAUCUGACAUAGAUUAUACUCACUUAACUGUCAGUGUAUCAUUAUUUGUGUUCUUGACCAAUGUGUGAUUAGUGUGGAGAUUUUGUUCGAGGGAAGAUUUGCUCAUUUAUGAUAUUCUGUGCUUCCAGUUUGUCACUUGUGUGAUUCUCAGGGGCAAGUUGCAAAUAGAAAGCAAACUUAUUUGAGAAAGCUGUUAUCAGUCAAUGACAGCUAGCAGCUUAUGUGAACUGAAGAGAUAGGGGCCAGAUGUAGGGUGGACCCAUCAAGUUACUUUUCUGGCUUUCAUUCAUAUUCCACGUAUUUAAGUGUCCAGGCUCCACUCAAGGUCAACUUACCACAGUGUCUGCACCUGAAUCACUUAUUGAUGAAUGCUUUAAGGUAUACUCCUUUUCAAGCAUUGAAUGAUUCCAGAUGCCAGCUUAAACAUGUGCCAAAUGUUAGAACUCCUGUCAAGGGUUUUUGCCUAAGCAGCUUCCUUCACACCUGGCAGUGCAAAACAGAGAUGUGGCAUUGAUUUAGCUCACUCUUGUCUUCAUGUGGCUUCUAUCAAUGUACCCCAUCUAUCCUGUCUUCUGUUCUUGGUUUUGUUGGACCAAUGCCUUUUCAUUUGUGUUUAAUUUAUUUUUCUAUUUUCUCAUGACCAAAAGUUGUUGCCCUGUAUUAUAGUUAUCUUUGAGACUGAUGUACAGAGGAUAGAUAUGAGAGACUUCUUUUUGUUUGUUGAUGAUUAGGUUUGACAAUAAAGGAUGAGAAUGCAAAA